GAACGGACCCGGGCGUUCUUAGGGAGGCGGCGGCGGCGACCGGGGCUCAGCGCCAUGAACCGGCUGGGGCUGCUGGGGCUGCUCUCCGCGGCGCUGCUGGGCUGCUGGGAGCCUGGUGAUGCCUUAACGUGCUCUGAUAAGCAGUAUGAGUACAAGGGCAGGUGCUGCAACCGAUGUCGACCAGGGGAAAAGCUGGUCUCCGAGUGCGAUAAAACAGAAACCUCUGUCUGCACCCUCUGUGAGAUUGGGCAAUAUCAGCAGAGCUGGACCAAGGAGAAGCACUGUGCUCCUCAUGACAUCUGUGAACACAACGCCGGACUCAUCGUGAAGACACAUGGAAAUGCCACACACAACACGGUGUGCCAGUGCCAGCCUGGCACGCACUGCUCGGACACCAGCUGCCAGACCUGUGUGGAGAACCAGCCCUGCAGGCCUGGCUCUGGCUUCGUGGCAGCCAAGGCCAUGGAAAGGAAGACAUCCCCCUGUGAACCCUGUGCAGAAGGCACCUUCUCCAACGUCUCUUCUAAAACUGAGCCAUGCCAUCCUUGGACAAGCUGCGAGGAAAAGGGGCUGGCUCUGAAGGUGGAAGGGACAAACACCUCGGAUGUGAUCUGUGAGUCGGGCAGGCGCUCCUCGCUGUCGGUGCUGAUCCCCGUCACGGCCGCAGUCGUCACGUGCCUCGUGGGUGUCUGCAUCUACUGCCUGGUCGACAGAGAUUCCAGACGACGGGUACAGAAGGAGGCUGGGAUGCCCGGAGAGAACGCAAAUAGCCAGCAGCCCACGGAGCAGGAUGAGAAUGUCUUGCCUGUGCAGGAGACCCUACUCAGAGGCCAGCCCGUGGUCCAGGAGGAUGGCAAGGAGAGCCGCAUGUCGGAGCAGGAGAUGGUGUGAGGGCGCAGGGCGCUGCCUCCGACAGGAGCACGGACUGGGAACAGCACCAUCUCCUCUGUCCCCUCUCCAGCUGGGGAGGAGAUCUGGUGUCUGGCCUGGCUGAGAGCGAUGUGAUGCUGCGGUGGACCAUGGCACGACCACCCCACGGCAAUACCACCACAGCCAGCACCUGGUCUGGCCACCUGCCCUGGGCUGUCCUGGUGGAGCAAGGCUCGGCUGCCCACAUGGGUGCAUGGAACAGGGUCCCAUCCUGCUGCCCAAGCGGGUGCUGCAGUGAAGCCCAGUGUGGCUGCUCUCCUGCUGACCCCUGGCAGAGCCCGGUGCACCCGCCAGGGCUGCCUCAGCAAAGUGUAACAGCUGAUGGCAAGACCCCCAGCUCAGAGUCUCCCUGCGUGCUGGGGAUGCCACGGCCAGGAGUGGAGCCUGCGGGUGUGGGACCACCACGGCAGAGC